AUUUGAUUCUUCACUUCAGUCACUUGUGUGUGUGUUGUGUGAGGAAAUUUGCGAAGAAAUACUUGAAUGGUUCAGAUUUUAGUGCUUUUUAAAUUAAUUAUAUUAGUGAUCUGGUUUGGAUUCUGGUUUUUCCAUAGUCAGUUAAUAAUAUAAGACAAUUUGUCUUCCAUUUCUUCAUAAAUUAUCUUCAAGAAACUUAUCCAGCGACCUAACCUAUCAUAGUUUCACUAUGUCGGUCUGUGUUUUAGAUACAACUGAACAAUUUUUGAAUUUUAUUAAGUCACCAUCCUUAUCAGUAGUGCAUUUCUCAGCUGAUUGGGCAGAACAAUGUUCCCAAGUCACCGAAGUUCUAAAAGAACUGCUUAACCUUCCAGAAAUAAAAUCCAGUGGUAGUCAGUUUGCUGUGUGCGAUGCUGAAAAGUUAUCUGAAAUCUCAUUGCAAUACAAGGUUGAUUCAGUACCUACAGUGAUGUUAUUUAAGAAUAAUGUGCAAGUAGACAGGGUUGAUGGUGCUGAUGCAGCCCAAAUCACUGCAAAGGUUAAGAAUCACAGCCUUGGUAAAGCAGCUGCAAUGGGCACCACACAACCCACAUUGAAACUAGAAGAUAGACUCAAAACUCUUAUCAACAAACAUAAUGUUAUGGUGUUUAUGAAAGGCAAUAGAGAUACUCCUAGAUGUGGAUUCAGUAGGACCCUUAUACAAAUCCUAAAUGGAAUUGGCGUAUCUUAUGAUACAUUUGACAUAUUAACUGACGAAGAAGUCCGCCAAGGGCUAAAGGAAUAUUCUGACUGGCCUACUUAUCCUCAGCUUUACGUCAAAGGAGAAUUGAUUGGUGGAUUAGAUAUAGUCAAGGAGCUUCAAGCAAAUGGAGAGUUAGAGACUACUCUUUCUCCUUAAUAAUGUAGUGGGAACUUUUUUAUUUAUUGUAUUAAAAUUUUUGGGACUAUAAA